AUGGCACUCUCUGACCAUAUUUUGGCCUUCCCCUUCCCAAAGGGUUCCAAAAUGCCCGUCCUGGAGUACUAUGAUGGAACCAGUGAUCCCGUUCAGCAUUUAGAAGGAUUCAACGCCCUCAUGGCAUAUUGUGGGGCAUCAAACCCCAUAAUGUGCCGAGCAUUCCCUACCACCCUCUGCGGAGCAGCAAGGACCUGGUUCAAUAGGCUACCCCCGAAGUCCAUACAUGUCUUUCGGGACCUUAGCACGGCGUGCGCAACAACUUUCAUCGGUAGUCGGACACACAAGCGAACUUCCGCAAGCCUCACUAGCUUGGCCCAGAGGCCUAACGAGACCUUGCGUGAUUUCUUCUCUCGUUUCAAUUCCAUGAAGUUGGAAAUUGAUGACCUGGACCCCGCGAUGGCUAAAGUUGCGUUAAUCGCCAGUAUAGCAGAUGUGAAUCUCAGCUUUUCUCUAUGCAAGAAGGAGCCUGAAGACCUGAACGAAUUGCUGGCCCGUUGCAAGAAGUUCAUGAACGCUACAGAAAUCAUGCAUGCUCGCCAAGAGACCGCUCAUGUGAGAACGAACAAGAAGAGGCUUGAAUAA